AUGGCCAUUGGCCUGGUCCAGCAUAGGCAGAUCAACCUGGAGCUCUACGCCUCCUACGUGUUCAGCAUGUCUUUCUAUUUUGACCGGGAUGAUGUGGCUCUAAAGAACUUUGCCAAGUAUUUUCUGCACCAAUCCAACGAGGAGCGUGAGCAUGCUGAAAAACUCAUGAAGCUGCAGAACCAGAGGGGUGGUCGCAUCUUUUUGCAGGACAUCAAGAAACCCGAUCUUGAUGAUUGGGAGAAUGGGUUGAUGGCAACGGAGUGUGCCUUGCACCUGGAAAAAAAUGUGAACCAGUUACUCCUUGAUCUGCACAAGCUGGCAACUGACAAAAAUGACCCUCAUUUGUGUGACUUCAUUGGAUACACCAGGGUUGUGUCUUCCUCCUCAGACUCACUCUCGGAUGUGCUGCAUGGGGGUAGGUUAGCUGCAGGGGGCCGGCUGUCCAUGUUGGAUGGUGGAGUUGGUCUAGCACCUUUAUCCUGCCUGAUUGCCCUGUUGUAG